AUGAGAGAGCGUAAUUAUGAAUCAUUGCGAGUUGAAAAUGAGGAGCAUAGACUUAAUCGCUUGGAGAACAGUCAUAGAAAUCUAUUUAUUGGGGCUCUAGUUAUGAUGAGACGUAACAUUUCUAUUACUGAAGACCUGGUGAACGAUGUAAUGGGGAUCGUGUCCAAGUUUAAAUGGCCUGCCCUUCGUCACGGCGAGUUACCCGAUACAGUUUUUAUAAAAUUUGAUAAUAGUACUAUUGGCACAAAUGUGAAAGACAAUGAGGGGUUAGUUGCCAUAGCGCCAGUAUCAAUAACAUAUCAGAAUUUAAAAAAUAAGAUAGAUAAGGAGAUAAAAUCAAGAGCUAGAACGAUAAUAGACGAAUCAGACACUACUUCUAACGAAGAUACUGAUAUUAAUGAGAUUCAAUACGCCGAUACUGACGAUGAUUACACGAGUUUUGACGACAAAAUCACUAAAGGAUCAAUAGAGCUCUCUAUUUCUCCUAUAGUGAACGAGGUAAACUGA